AUGAUUUACAAGAUUUUAGCGACAGAAUUUGCAUCAAAGGGGAUCUUCGUGCUUAUGAAGAACGCAGUGGCAAUGAAGUCCCCCAGGCCUCUUCUAAUAAGGCCCCACCAACUAGCUUGCAAGUCAAAUAAGCAGUUAUUGAUGCCUUUAGCUGCAGGUCCUCAAUCUCCACCGGUAAAAUAUACGAGAUCACCCCGAAAGUAUCUGCAUCAGAAUACACUUGAGUAUGUAUCUAUUCCAAAUGCUCCCGUAACUCCUGCAAUGAUUAUUAAAGAUUUUUCAGAUCUAAUUAAUCGACACGAAAAAUCUGAAGUUUUCCAGUACAAGCAGAUAUUUUACAUAAGGAAGAGUCCUCAGUUCAAGUCAGUUACUCAAGACGAUCCAGAUUACUUCGUUUUCAAAAAAGAUGAACACAUUAAGUACAGAUACCAGCAAAUUGUAGAGAUUUGCAGAGGUAACUUUGGUUCUGUACUUAAAUGCUAUGAUCAUAAAACUAAAAAAAUUGUUGCGGUAAAAUUAAUAAAAGAUCGACCGAAAAUACAUAAGCAGAUCUUGAUGGAGAAGGUUGCUUUAGAUAUGAUACAAGAAGCCGAUCCGAAAUUUACCCAUUUUAUUGUACCGGUAAUUGAUAAAUUUUAUUUCAGAGGAUUUCAUUGCUUUUGCUUUGAAUUGCUUUGGAAAGAUACAUAUACAUGCCAAAAAGAUGAGAAUUUUGUAGGUUACGAAGACGGAUUGCUUAAAACUGUUUCAAAACAAAUUUGUGACAGUUUAAUCUUCUUCCAUUCGCUCGGAUUAGUCCAUUGCGACAUCAAACCAGAAAAUAUUGUAUGGACUAAUGACCAGAAAACGACUGUAAACCUCAUAGAUUUCGGUUGUUGCUGUCACGAAGGAAAUCCGCUUUUCAAGUACAUGCAAAGCAGAUUUUACAGAGCUCCUGAGGUUAUCCUACAUAUAUCUUUUACAAGAGCUAUUGAUGUCUGGUCAUUUGGCCUUGUAAUUAUUGAAUUGAAAUUAGGUCACCCAUUAUAUGCUGGAAAUAACGAAAAGGAGCAAUUAGGAAUGUACUACUCCUCUCUGGGACCACCAGAUGAAAAAUACUUGCGAUCAUCACCAAGAUUUUCUGAAUUUUUUGGAGAUGACGCUUCAAUCAAGAAUGAAUAUAGUUAUCCAUUGUUUGAUGAACUUGUUGUUGGUUUGGAUCCUGAUUUAGUUGAUUUAGUAAGGAAAUGCCUCGAAUGGGAUCCAAAUAAAAGAAUUAAGAUGACAGAAGUUCUCAAACACCCAUAUCUAGUAAACAAAUAA